GCCUUAUCGGAGGUUAUCGUGCGAGGUCUACUACAUUCGACGCUUGCGCAUCGUUGUGUCGAGUCAACAAAGGCACUUCGAGAAAAUGCCAGUAAACGUUAUGAAAUCGUUAUGCGGACACGGGCAGUGUUAAUUUUUUGUGUUUUGUGUUUUGUUUGUGCGUGUACAAGUUACGAUAUGUUCGUGGGUGAUACUUUAAAGAAAAAGAUGGUGUUCCACCAGAGGGUGAAAGACUUCGCUAUACCCUUCAAGAAGCGAAUAAAAACUUUGACGUACGCGGACCCAGAGAAAAGGAUUAUAAAGGGCGUAGCAGCUAUAGACAAUGACUUUUCUCACGCAAGCGCAAACAUAACGGAAGGAGGCGUCGGAUAUUCAUACGUCACCGUGAGGAUGAAAAGUCAGCGCCAUCAUCCAUUGAAUUUUGAAGUAGAAAUUUAUGUAUGACUUUGUAAAAACAACGGAAAAUGGUGUGAAAACCAAACUAAAAAGAAACCAAACGUACCUUAAGCAUACUUUUGAUUUUCUUAGCGCUAGUCUUGAGUUGAAUCUCGUCAAAGUUGUGUAUGUAAGAUUAUUAUAAGUUUUGACUUUUGUUAUUAAUAAAUUAUUUAAAAAUAACUUAAAAGCUCUUCAAUCCGGAUUCGGGAGAAGGCUUAUUAUUCAUUGAAAUUGCAUUGACGCAGCGUAUAGUCGCAUAUGUGGAUCGUUUAUUUCAUGAUGUAAUUACAAUAAAAUUGUUUUGUACGAUUUUUCUAAUAA